CAGGGGGUGUUCAAAGCCGGAGGCGAAACCCAAGCGAUACUGGAGGCCGCUCCUUCCCUGCCUCGGCUUCCCCUCUGCGUGCAUCCGGGUACCUCACUCCCAGCUGUGCACUGGGUCGGGGUCCUCAGAGGCCCCGGGGCCACUCCAGGGCCUGGGGGGACGGAAGGUGAGGCCCGGGGGGUGACGGCUCCGUCCGUCGCCGGCCGGGGGCGGGGCUGUGAGGCCCGCGCUCGGAGAUCCCCGCCCGCCGGUUUCCUCCGGGGUCAGCCCGGCUCCUUAUCAGGCGCGGCCAGUCGGCCAGGCCCUUAUCUGUGCCGGUCCAGCAUCCUCCGGCGCGGCCGGGGGUGAGAGGGAGGAAACUGGGCCGCCGGGGGCGGGGAGAGGGCGGGCCGGCCAGGAGCAGCUCACUUUCCCUCGAGGGAUCCACGCUGCCGUCGCGGCGGCCUUCGGGAGCCCGGGAAGAGGCGCGGCCCCGACGCCGCUGCCGGGAGGGGGCGGCAAGCUCCCAGCGGCCCUGAACGCAGAGGCCGGACCGGAUCGGGGCCACGGAGCCUGGCCUGAAACCCAACCGCAUCCUGGCCCUGAAGGACAGAGCUAGGGCACUCACCAAACAGGAGGACCAGCGCCGGGGUGAGCACCCCCUUGGGGUCCAUGUGCCCGCCCCAGGCCCAGGCAGAGGUGGGCCCCACCAUGACUGAGAAGGCCGAAAUGGUGUGUGCCCCCAGCCCAGCACCCACUCUGCCCCCCAAGCCUGCCUCACCUGGACCCCCGAAGGUGAAGGAGAUGGGCCACCAAGGCUCCUCACCCCCCAGGCUGCCUCCUGGCGUGCCAGUGAUCAGCCUGGGCCACACCAGGCCCCCAGGGGCAACCAUGGCCACCACGGAGCUGAGCGCCCUGCGGCCCCCACUGCUACCACUCUCUACCCUGGGAACUGUCCCACCGCCCCUGGCCCUGCAUUAUCACCCUCACCCCUUCCUUAACAGCCUCUACAUUGGGCCGGCAGGACCUUUUGGCAUCUUCCCUAGCAGCCGGCUGAAGCGGAGACCAAGCCACUGUGAGUUGGAGCUGGCUGAGGGGCACCAGCCCCAGAAGGUGGCCCGGCGUGUGUUCACCAACAGCCGGGAGCGCUGGCGGCAGCAGAACGUGAAUGGCGCCUUCGCAGAGCUCCGGAAGCUGCUGCCAACGCACCCGCCCGACCGGAAGCUGAGCAAGAACGAGGUGCUCCGCCUGGCCAUGAAAUACAUUGGCUUCCUGGUGCGGCUGCUGCGCGACCAGGCGGCCGCUCUGGCCGCAGGCCCCGCCCCGUCCGGGCCCCGCAAACGGCCCGCGCACCGGGGCCCCCACGACGCCGCCCGCCGCGGGCCUUGUCGCAGGGCCGAGGCAGUAGUGCGCUCGCAGCCCGCGCCCUCGGCCGGCCCCGACAGCAGCCCCGAUGGGGCGGCUCGGCCCAUCAAGACGGAACGAGCGGCCGUGAGCCCUGAGGUGCGGUGACCUCCGCAGCGUUGCCUCUGAGCCAAGGGGCACCGGGAACUCAGCCCAGGGCGGUCGAUGCCCUGCGCCUGCUCUGGAGCGAACUCCCCCGAAGAGAGACCAGUGAGGACGUCCGCAACGGGGUCUGGAAAGGCGACUGUCGCCCCCAGGGGCCCCGCAGACCUUUUUUUUUUUUUUAAUCACCCACCGCCCGCUGGAAAUCGCCUUUUCCCGCGUCUCUCUCCCGGGGACGAGGUCCGGGAACCAACAUGGCAGACAGGUCAUCGG